AUGUGGAUGAGUCUCAGCCCGGCGGCUCUGGCCAUUGCUUUUGGCCUCUACCUGGGGGUCCCCUGGAAGGAGGGAUGCCGUUGCCAACCUCAUGAGCCAUGCUGGCCUUCAUCUGCGGCCUGGGAUACACUAAACCAUACGCUGGAUGGCAAUUUGAUUGCAUUGAAGCCGUCAGGGCAUGCCUGUUUUCCAGAUGACCAGACUUCAGAGACGUGCCAGGAGCUGGUGAAGAAUUUCUAUAACACAACCUGGCGCGUGCGGAAUCCCGCUACCUUGCAAGUCGUCAACUGGGAGUACAGCCUCCCCAAAGAGGAAGCUUGCCAUGUCAACUCCGAUGGCAAGACAGACUCGUGCGGUCAGGGCCGAGUGCCUCUCUACUCAGCCUCUGUCCAGUCUGUCUCGCAAGUCCAGGAAGUUGUCCGAUUUGUGGCUACCCAUAACAUUCGUCUCGCCAUUCGGAAUACCGGGCAUGAUCUUGCCGGCCGAUCUACAUCUCCAGAUUCUUUGCAGCUUAUGACAUCGGCACUCAAUGGAUAUCAGUUUAUUGAUGCAUUUCAGCCAGCCGCCCCCUGGGGCCAGCAAGUCCCAUCAGAGGGGCCAGCAGUUACUGUUGGCGCCGGAAUUACCACGGGGGAGCUCUACACCGCUGCAGAAAAUGCUGGAUACACGGUCGUUGGCGGGAGCUGCAGCACCGUGGGUAUUGCCGGAGGCUGGAUGCAAGGAGGCGGCUAUGGCAUCCUCAGCCCAUCCAAAGGGCUCGGAGUUGAUAACGUUCUGGAGUUCAGCAUAGUCACAGCGAAUGGUGCACAUGUGACGGCCAGCAAGUAUCAAAACCAGGAGCUCUUCUGGGCGGUUCGCGGUGGGGGAGGAGGCACGUUUGGAGUUGUCACCAGUGUCACCUUCCGAGCGUAUCCAGACGUGCCAGCCACCGUUGCCACUAUGAACAUCGUGGUUUCGGAUGGCGCAGACAAGACAUUCUGGCUUGCCGUGAAGGAACAUCUGGCUGUCCUUCACAAGUUCAUUGGUCUGGGAAUUGCCGUUCAGACAUUUGCCAUGCCUGUAUUUCCAAUGGGAGGCGCAUUACUUAAUAUCGAAGUAUACUUGACUGGCGAUAAGUCGGAUAGAACAGGGCAUGGAAUUUUGCAGGACCACCUUGCCCAACUGCAGGAGCUCGGGCUGGAGGUAGCCUAUGCGGAGGAGCACUUUGACCGACUCUCCACGUACCUGGCCCGCCCCAAGGGCCUGGACCAGGCGGGAGCAUCCAUUAUGACAGCGUCUAGGCUACUCUCCAAGGACUUGCUGAGCUCUCAUGCGGGUGCGGACCGGGUCGUACGGAAUCUCCGCCGGCUCACAUUCCUCCCCGGUGACGUGCUCAGCCUUGAAGGGAUGGUAGGCCGGCAAGCAAUGGCGGCCGAGGACCUUGUCGACAGCGCCCUCCACCCAGAUUGGCAGCACGCUCUGAUGUCUCUAACCCUCGGGCGUGCUUUGCCCCAACAUCCGGACUGGGAAGCCUACAAGAGGAUUGAGCAGGAGAUUUCUGAGACCCAACUGCCUUUACUGAGGGCUAUGGAGCCUGGCUCAGGUGGCGCUGGAUACCUUGGUAUUCCUUUUGCAUAUGAGCGAGAUCCAGCGACGACGUACUGGGGGCCUAAUUACGCACGACUGCUAAGUAUCAAGCGCCGAUGGGACCCACAGGACCUGUUCAUCACGCGUCUUGGGGUUGGGAGUGAGGAUUGGUAUGAUGAGGGCAUGUGUCGAGUCUCGCAUGCCUACGGGAAGAUCUCUUCUUUGCUUCAAAGGCUACUACGGAUACUAUCGUGGAAAGUUAUGCCG